AUGCUUUUGGCAAACACUCAAUUUACCUGCAUUCCCAACUCAACAAAAUCAAUAGAAAACUUCAACACAACCUCUAAAUCUCGUCACCUUCUCCCAUUGUUCAAGGGUUGCACGCAUUUAGUCCAAUUCAAGCAAGUCCAUGCCCAAAUCAUCAAAACUUCAUUUAAUAAUAAGACUAUCACCGAAACCCAACUAGCGAAGCUCAUAGAAUCUCUAGUGAACUCAUCCCAAAUUGACUACGCGCGUUUAGUUUUGAAUCAAAUAGUUAACCCAUCGACUUUUGCUUUUAACACCAUAAUUAGAGGCUACGCAGAAGCUGGUUUAGGCCAUGAAGCUAUUCGACUUUAUAUCCAAAUGAGAUGCAAAGGGCUAGAGCCCGAUAAUUUCACUCACCCAAUUCUUUUAAAGGCUUGUGGUAGCCUUAAACAAGGCAAAGCUGUCCACUCACUUGUUGCCAAGAAUCAAGAUUUUAAAUCGGAAAUACACUCGUUGACUCGUUUGAUCACGUUUUAUUGCGGUUUUGGCGAUAUUGAUUCCGCCCGGUUACUGUUUGAUAAAAUGGCAGAUAGAAAUGUGGUCACGUGGACUGCAAUGAUUAAUGGUUAUGUUAAGCAAAAUAGGUACAAAGAAGGAAUUGACUUGUUUUAUCAAAUGAGAAAUUGUGGGGUUGAGAUAAAUGAGCUGACUUUGGUAUCUGUAUUAUCAGCUUGUGCUAGCCUUGGUGCUUUGGAGAUGGGGAAAUGGGUGCAUAGAUUUAUUUAUAAGAAUAGAAUUUUUUUGAACCAUAAGCUUGGUGCUGCUGUUAUUGACAUGUAUGCAAAAUGUGGGUACAUUGACGAAGCUUCAAAUGUUUUCAAGAUUGUUCCUGAGAAGAGUGUUUGUACGUGGAAUUCUAUAAUCGGAGGGCUAGCAAUGCAUGGUUCUGGAGAGGAAGCGCUGGAGAGGUUCUAUGAAAUGCAAAUGAGUGGGAUAAAACCGGAUGAUAUUACAUUGAUUGCCGUUUUGUCUGCUUGUACUCAUUCAGGCCUGGUAGAGAAAGGGAAGGAGAUUUUCUGUAAGAUGAGAAGUGGUUAUGAGAUUGAACCAAACAUUAAGCAUUAUGGUUGCUUUAUAGAUCUUCUGUGUAGGGCAGGGCUCUUGGAUGAAGCUUAUAAGGUUGUGAGAAACAUGCCAAUGGAACCGAAUGCGGUUUUGUGGGGAACAUUGUUGACUGCAUGUGCUGCUAAUUCUAAUGUUGUCGAGUUGAGUGAGACUGCAAUGGAACAUCUAAUCAAGUUAGAACCAUUCAAUGAUGGAAAUUAUGUUCUCAUGUCAAAUAUAUAUGCAGCAAAUGAACGAUGGGACGAUGUGGCUAAGAUGAGGAGACUUAUGAAAGAGAGACGGAUUGAAAAGAACCCUGGCUGUAGUUUAAUUGAGAUAAAUAAUGUUGUGCAUGAGUUCAUGGUUGGGGAUGGCAGGCACCCGCGUUCUGAAGAUAUUUAUUCCAUGUUGGAAGAUGUUGCCAUAAGCUUAAGAGAGGAAGGUUAUACUACGCAGAUGCAUCCAAUUAUCAACGACGAAAACAAGUUCCAAACCUUUUGGUCUAUUUGGUAGACUAUAACUCACCCACCCUAUGUCUUGCGACUUGCAUUGUGAUUUGUCAGAUUGAUUCUGGGUGUCACGGACUUAAACUGACACUGAG